AUCUAUCUGCCAUAACUAACUAAACGCUCUACACCCUCUCUUUUUCUGCCUCAAACAGCACUUGGAAAAUCACAAACACAACUCCAAUCAUUGAAUCAUAACACACACAGAAGAAAUAGUAAAAGUGUGAGCCUCAAGGAGAGAUUAGUAGAAAAAAAGUUUUGUUAUUCAAGAUGACAUGGUGCAAUGAGUCUGAUGUUAAUGAUCACAUAAAGCUCAAUGAAGAAUUUCAAACAAUAAAAUGCCCCUCAUGUGGCCAUGAUAUUGAAGUGAAAAAUCAGGGUGGAAAUGGAAUUCAUGAUUUGCCUGGUUUACCAGCUGGAGUGAGAUUUGAUCCAAAUGACAUAGAAAUAUUAGAGCAUUUAGAGGCAAAAGUGAUGUCUAAUAUGUGCAAGAUUCAUCCACUUAUUGAUGAGUUUAUUCCAACACUUCAAGGAGAAAAUGGAAUCUGUUAUACACAUCCAGAAAAACUACCAGGAGUUAGCAAAGAUGGACAAAUCCGUCAUUUUUUUCAUAGGCCAUCUAAAGCAUACACAACAGGAACAAGGAAAAGAAGAAAGGUUCACACCGACGAAGAAGGAGGCGAAACAAGAUGGCACAAAACAGGGAAAACUAGAGCAAUUUUUGUUAAUGGCAUUGUCAAGGGUUUUAAAAAGAUACUAGUACUCUACACAAACUAUAGCAAGCAAGGAAAACCAGAAAAGACUAAUUGGGUGAUGCAUCAAUACCAUCUUGGUAGCAAUGAAGAAGAAAAAGAUGGAGAAUUAGUUGCUUCAAAGGUGUUUUACCAAACACAACCAAGACAAAGUGGUAACUCCAUUAAUGUAAGAGAUUCAUAUGAGAAAAUAAUUAACAAAGGAAGUGGUCAUAGUAAUAGUACAACACCUAACAGUUUAGGUAUGGUGGAAUGCUACAAUGGUUCUUAUACAAAUUAUGAGCAUGUCCAUGUUGGUCAUCAUAGGGAAAGCUUGCCACAAUUUACUACAAUGGAUGCAAACAAAGUAAGAGUGCAGGAGAGAAAGUAAAUAUUGAGAAGAGAUUCUAGGUAGAGACAGUUGUGAUUUUACUAUUUUUUUAUGCUAGUGAUUCUAUUAAUAAUCAAAUAACAUCACUUCUAGUUCAAUGAGAUUGGAAUGGAAUGAAGGAAGAAAUAAGUAAUUGGUUUUUAUAGUCAUUUAUGAUUCUGAAAUUUAGAGAACAAGCUAGGUAAUUUCUGGCACAAACGAUUAGUAUUGACUAUUGGUAAUUCAUUAAUGUUGACAAUUCAUUAGUGUUACACUAUGUCAAAGUUUUGCCAAG